CUACGCACGAAAAUGUGGGGUUUUGUCCGUCCCAAAAAUGUGUUAAUUAUAUUUUUCAAGGCGCGAAAGUGCUGCUGCGUUAAGGGUUGUCCAUUACAUUUUGGGGGUUUAAAUGUCAAAGCACGAAAGUGCCGAUGGGAAAGGGGCCCCUAAGGCCAGCAAGGGCCUGUACAAGCAGAGACAGGGUUUUGGCGUCCAGGAGCGUCUGGACGGCUCCACCUAUGAGGGAGAGUUUGUUAAUGGCCUCAAACACGGCAAGGGCAGAUACACCUGGAAAAGUGGAGAGUUCUACGAGGGCUCGUUCUACAAAGACUACAGGCAUGGCGAGGGAGUCUACUGUUGGCCUUCAGGCAACAAAUUCAUCGGCAGAUUUUACCUGAACUGGAGAGAAGGAUAUGGGAAGCAUCUUUUCCCUGAUGGUGCCGUAUUUAAGGGUUUGUACCAUUCCGACCAGAGGUUCGGCCCCGGUGUGCUGCAGGAGUCCUCAGGGCGUCAAGAUGUGGGUAUUUGGCAUGGAAAACAUUUGAUACAACUCUGUAACACCGUGGAAGACAGCUUCAGCUUGAAAAACAUCCCCGAAUACGCCGUAUACUUGGAGGAAUCUACUGCCUCACCUUCUCUCAAUCAGGGAGCCCAAGAUGACAAUUUGCUGUUAUUUGAAGACAAUACCAUUGUCCCCUCCCAAAUUGAGAAUUAUUCCAUGGACAGCGACCACCUCCCAUUACCCCCAAUGAAGAGAAGAGAGUUCGACAAACAUUUUUACGGCAACCUAUGGGAGCCCGAGGACGAUCCUUACCAAGGCUACAAAAGAGACCCGCUCUCCUCGCUGCCCUUAAAGAGUCGGAUGCUGGCUCUAAUUCACAAACACAGACGACUGGCUGAAAACCUGGACUGGGACGUGGCAGCAGUUCUCUCCUUAAAAAGGGAGAGUUUUGGCGAGAAGGGGUUUUUGGAGGUGACAUCGGAACUGUUGAUCCAGCAGGCGGCCACGGGAGAACGGGAAGCAGUUUUCAAGAUUCUCCUGGAUGGCAUCGUUCACCCGGAUGUGGCAGAUUCUCAUGGUCACACCGCACUCAUUGCUGCCACGGUAAAUUGCCAAAAUGAUGUGAUCCACCUCUUGUUGGACAUGGGUGCUAAUAUCGACAAGUUGAAUUUUGAGGGCAUGUCAGCCUUGUCUGUUUGUCAUUGCCUCUACUACCCCUUUCAGUCUUUGUCCACCUUUGCAGAACCUCCUACCAAGUCACAGGACGUCACGGGUGAGUUGAUCGUUCCAAAAAAGCCACAUAGCGCUAAUCAGAGGAAGGUGCAACAUUCAGAAGGCUCGAUUCAGCAGGACGGCGAGAAAGACCCGACGCUGCCGCAGUCGUUCACCUCCACCUGCUCCAUGUACAGCUACCACAUAACUGUCACAGAGGAAGUCAUGCAGGGCGCAGUUGAAGCUCUCAGUCGCACUGGCUUUCCUCAGCAUUUCGAUACUCAGGAAACCGCCCGCAGAAUGGCUGCGAUGAAGUUCAUGCACCGGGGCCGUUUGAUCACACUUAAUCUGCUGUUGGAUCGUGGCGCCGACCCCAACAAAUGCAGAUUCCCCUUACCUGUUCUCUUUUUGGCCAUUAUGGCGGGGGAUACUGAGACGGUCAAGAGACUUCUGCUGUGUGGAGCUCGCACUGAUAUUUCUCUCUCAGCUGAGAUGAAGGGACUAUUUCCUGUACACGUGGCUACAGCCCUGCCAGGCCCAGAAGGUCCCAAAAUCAUAGAACUGCUGCUGCAUGCUCUAACCGACCCAGAUGCACGGGCAGGCGACCAGGAUGAGAUCUACGAACCAGAUAAGGUUUCCAUGAAGGCCAGAAAAACCUGGAAGAUCAUGAAGCCGUGCCCCGGGGAGGGAGGACGAACACCUCUUCACGUGGCCUGCCAGAGAGCCUCUGACCACUGCAACGCCAGCAAGGUGGUAUCCCUGUUGCUCUCCCACAGAGCCAGAACAGAUCUCCUCUGGAGUGGACACUCACCUCUCUCCUUAGCGAUAUCAAGUGGCAACGAAGUGGCAGUGGAGGAGCUUUUGAGAGGAGGUGCAGAUCCUAACAUUCCUUUGAGUCGUGGAGUGGGCAAUGCUCUUUGUGCCCUGAGUAACUUCAGCUACGAUCUCGAUGACAAAAGAGUAAAACUGUUGGACAUGCUGGAAAAGGCCGGUGCGGACAUGUUGAUGCCGGUCAUUGUCGGCGAUGUCAAGGGGACCGCAGUCGACUUUGCACACCACUCUUUUAAUCAGGACCUGCGUAUCGCCAACACACCCUUCCACACCCUCAACAUGGGGGAGAGAGAAACGUUCAAAACGCGUCGCCACCUGCUGAGCAUCAUGGGAGAUCUGCUGAGACACACUGCGGUCCAGAGAGAGAGAGAGCAAAUUGAGAAAGAAAAGCGCAUUUUGCAGACUAAGUUUACAGGUGAAGGUGCAAUCGUUUCCAGUGACAACAAAUCUCCCACGGCGGCCAAACAAAGGAAACCCUUUAAGUUCUGUUACCAUUGCGGUCGCUCGGCAGCUGUGACGCUGACCGCUUGCACUCGCUGCCACAAGGUGCUUUACUGCUCCACGCACUGCAAGCUGAAAGCCUGGAAUAAAGGACACAAGGAGGAGUGUGUCCGGGAGACUCUGGAAUAGACUUUCUCGGGGGAAGUGUGUGUAGUCGCGGCGACUCUUCUUUAGGACAGGGAAAGUUCAUCUACAUGUCUUCACAAAACUGGGAAGACAAAAAAGGCAUGCGCAAGAUGAAGUACGGAGAAAAAGUGUCAAGGCUUUCGGGAACGAAAGGACACAUUUGGGAUUGUGUGGUAAGAAAUGAGGAUAUACCGUAUUUCCUUGAAUUGCCGCCGGGUAUAUAGUAUGCGCCUGCCUAGAAUUACUGCCAGGUCAAACUCGUUUCGCAAAAUAUUAUUUUUAUUAGCGCAUGUCUAGAAUUUCCACCGGGUCAAACUCGUCACGUCACGAGUGACACUUGAGUCAUCAUUUUCAAAAUGGAGGAGGCUGGUUUCAAUCAUUUGAAAUCGCAUAAAGGGAAGAAGAUUAAGAGCUAUUCAGUAGGAUUUAAGGUCCAAGCUAUUGAAUAUGCUAAAAAGAACAGUAAGCAGCUAUGUUUUAUUAAUAUACCGUAGCUGCGUGUGUCAAAUAUGAGUCAUUAAAUGACUCCCGCCUCCUGGUGGUAGAGGGCGCUAGUGAUCCUUCUUGCGACUACUCGGCUGCAGAAGAAGUGACAACAAGCAGCCAUCGUUUAUUUUUUCCUCUCGCUUGCAUUUUUAACAUGGAGGAUUACAUAUCUAAAAUAAAACCGUUUUCUAAACUGGACUUUUAAUCGAAACUGGAGGUAAUAAAGGAAGAUCUCCAUCAAUACCUUUUGUGGGUUCUUCCGAGGAUGUCGUAGUCGUAAUGGUUUGUACAGUCCUUUGAGACAUUGGUGAUUUAGGGCUAUAUAAAUAAACAUUGAUUGAUUGAUUGAAGACAGACUUUUAAAACUGAAGAAAGAUAAGGAAGACUUGUAAAAACAUUCUAAACUGGACUUUUAAUCGAAGCAGGAGGUAAUAAAGGAAGAUCUCCAUCAAGAACUUUUGUGGGUUCUUCCGAGGAUGUCGUAGUCGUAACGGUUUGUACAGUCCUUUGAAACAUUUGCGAUUUAGGGCUAUAUAAAUAAACAUUGAUUGAAGACAGAGAGACUUUUAAAACUGAGGAAAGAUAAGGAAGACUUCUAUAGACAAGUUAUCCAUGCUUUUGAUCAGAAGGAGCUGCGGAUGGACUUCAUUUAUAAGUAAAGGUAAGACCAUAAUAAGGUUUUUUUUAAUUAAAUGUGCUUUUCAUGUUGGUAUCCUUACAUCACACUCAAAUUUAUAAGCGCAGGCUUAAAUUUACCGCAUGCCUUUGGUAAGCGCCGCAGUGAGAAGAGGUUUUAAAAUAAUUAGCGCCUCGGCGGCAGGCAAUUCAAGGAAAUACGGUAUGUAAGGAAUACGCCGAUGAAGCUGCCAGUUGAUCAACGUUUACUGUGUUACCAGUUUUGAACGGUGCUGUGUUAAGUCUAUAAAAACGAUUUGCACUUUUUUUCUGUUUUGGGACUCACACGGACUUAAGCAGUCAU